GCGAAAGAUGGAGAAAAUGAAAAAAUCCAAACCAAUUUCCCAUCCUCACAGGAUUCGAACUAGGGUUUCGGAUCUCCCGCACCUCCUUUUCUUUGUCGUCAGCUGACUCAGCUGCCCAAGUCUCUACUUUCCCUCCAAACUCCAAACUCACUGACCGAACUCUACAGCAGCAACAACAACGACGAUGGCCUCGCGCUUCCAGGCUGUGGCGUUGGUGGCCUCGCCCUCCUACCCAAACGCCAUCGCCUGGUCCGACGAGAACCUCAUCGCAGUCGCCUCCGGUCACCUCGUCACCAUUCUGAAUCCAGCAUUGCCUUUUGGACCACGAGGCCUUAUCACGAUCCCCACUGGUGAGCCUUUUCCAAUUGGGGUUGUAGAUAGAAAAGAUUUACUCUCUGACUGCUUGUUGCCCACUUGUUUAUCCCGGGAUCGUCGACCCUGUGUUCGAUCAAUAUCAUGGUCCCCACUUGGAAUGGCUACAAACUCAGGAUGCUUGCUGGCUGUGUGUACCACAGAAGGAUGUGUGAAACUUUAUCGUCCACCAUUUUGCGACUUUGGUGCUGAAUGGAUAGAGGUUAUGGAUAUAUCAGAUAGGCUUUAUGAUUAUCUUGCUAGUAUCAACUUUGGAGAGCUAAAUGUGUCUUGUUCAGAAUAUUCUGAUGCAACAGAACAUAGAUGUGCACAGGAUUUAUCAGACUUUAGUUCAAGAAAAGAGCGUAAGAGAAGAAAAAGGAAAAGCAAGGAUUCCAAUGCUAGCUUUGGCUCUGAGGGACAAGGGUUAAAAACGGUGUCUCAGAUGAAUUCCAACCAGCGGGAAUAUAAAACUUUACAUCAUUUUGAUCUCGUGUCUAAGUCUAAUGCAAAAGCUCUCAUUAAGAUACCAGAAAAGUGCACACUCCCACAGAUAACUGCAAAUCAAUACGCUUCUCACAGUGCAAUGCUACGGUCACUUGCUGUUGCCUGGUCGCCGUUGCUGCAGUUAUCAUCUAAUCUCUGUUCAGUCUCUCAGAUUGGUUCAUCUUUUUCUCUACUUGCAAUAGGUAGCAGAUCUGGUAACAUUUCAUUAUGGAAAAUUUGUGUACCAGAAUGCUACUCUGUUGAGCAUAGCAGAGUCCCAACUACUGCAACCAUUGUUGGGCUCCUUCAGGCGCACAAUUCGUGGAUUACAUCAAUCAGUUGGGCUUUGUGUGCUUCUGAUUCUUCAAGUCCUCAGGUUUUAUUGGUUUCAGGGAGUUCUGAUGGGAGUGUGAGGAUAUGGCUAGGGAAUAGUGAGGAAUUGCUGAACUCAUCAGAAGUUAAUUGCACACCCCUUUUCCUAUUGAAGAAGGUUAUAGUUGCUGAUAGUGUCCCCGUUUCUGUACUUUCACUUUGUAUGCCUGCAAAGUCCCUGCAUAAAAUGCUCUUGGCAGUUGGCAAAGGAUCCGGAUCUUUUGAAGUUUGGAAUUGUGACAUAUCUAGCAAUAGAUUUGAUAUAGUUGGCUCACAUGAUGCUCAUGACCAUGUUGUUACAGGCUUAGCUUGGGCAUUUGAUGGAUCUUGUUUGUACAGCUGCAGCCAGGAUAAUUUUAUGCGCAGCUGGAUUUUACAUGGGAGUUCCCUCUGUGAAGUGCCCAUCCCUGCAAAUACUCCCCAUCUUAGGAGCUCAACUGAUCUUCCAGAUGAAUUUAUUUCAUGCAUUGGUUUGGCAAUGUCCCCUGGAAAUCUCGUGGUUGCUGUGGUACGCAAUUUGGAUCUUGAGCUAUUGAAUCCAAUGUACCAGGCAAGGGCUCAAAAGGCAGUUGUUGAGUUUUACUGGAUUGGUGGGCAACAACUGGAUCUCUUGUCAAACGCUUCCCCUCCAUUUAAUGUUAAGGAAUUCCCUGGAUUUCCUGAGAAGGAAUUGACUAGUUGGGAGUCCAAUAUUCUUUGGUCGUUGAAACAAUAUGAACAUUUGGAUAAGCCUCUGGUUGUUUGGGAUAUCAUAGCAGCAUUAUUGGCUUUCAAGCAGACUGCAUCUAAGUUUGUGGAACAUAUAAUGCUUAAAUGGCUCUCAUUUUCAUUUAUGGGAUCCGAUGUUGACCUCUCUGCUGAAAAGGUUUUGCUACAUGCCUCUAGAAGUUUAUCGAAGAUUAAUUCUCGUCAUCUGCACCUCCUAAAUAUUUUCUGUAGACGUGUAAUGCUAUCGGAGCUGAAGGCCGAUCAAAUAAACAGCAAAUUGCAAAACUUGAGAGGAUUAUGUGGUGCUGAAGGGGAGCAACUGACUACGUGGAUGGAGCUACUUUUCAGCAGUGAAAGGGAACUCCGUGAGAGGCUUUUAGGUUUCAGUUUUUCUGCUUUUAAAAAUCUUAUCCCCCAUUCAGCCACAACUGCUUCCCAACCUCGAGAUUGGUAUCCUGAUGGAUUGGCACAAAUGGAGCAGUGGGUUGCUCUUAAUCUUGAACAUGUACGCGAUGAACUAAAAGUCCUUGCGUCAGAAGUUGGACUGCAUGAAAGGAGUGAAUGUAUAGCAGCAGAGCAAUGUAGCUAUUGUUCGGCACCAGUCCCGUAUGAAUCACCAGAAGUUGGCUUUUGCCGAGGUGUAGAGUGCAAUAGUGACAUUGGUCAGAGCCACAGACUCCCAAGGUGUGCGGUUUCUAUGCAGGUUUGCCCUACUACUCCCUUAUGGUUUUGUAAAUGUUGUAAUAGAUGGGCUUGGAGAUUGGCACCUGAGCCACUUUUUUCGAGGUCCGAUUGUCAUUUAGAUUUCAAAUCUUCAGCCAAACCCUCAAAACCUUUGUGCCCCUUUUGUGGGAUACUGCUACAGAGACUACAGCCAGACUUUCUACUUUCUGCAUCACCCGUGUAAAAAUAAUGUUUCCAUGUGUUUGUGUUGUUGUAUUAAUGAUUAUAAAAGCCGUUUUUCUGUGA